UCUUGUGGAAGCGUGCACGCGCGUUCCAAAAGAAGAUCCUUCAUCGCCACACAGGGAUUCCCGUGACACGCGCGCUCUCCCGUUGAAGUGCCCGCGUCUCCACACAGUGACGCGCGGGCCGCUCCAGUGGACAGACCUCGCCGAUCACUACAAUUUUCAAGUCAUUUCGACUCGUACCCAAGAGCCUCUGGACUCCUUCUGAAAAAGCGGGUGCAGUUUACCUUCACGUUUGUCCUUUUUUGCCUGAGCCUGUGUACCCUACGUAGAGAUGAAGCGCCUCGCCUCGUUUCUCUGGCCGCUGCUGCUCUCUUGGAUGUCCGGCGAUUUGGCUUCUGCAAAUGAAGACUGCCUGUGGUAUGUGGAUAGAAAUGGCACUUGGCACAGUGGCAGAGACUGCCCUCUGCUCUCCUUCUGCUGUGGGAACUGCUACCAUCGCUACUGCUGUCUGGAUACGUACCGCUUGUUUACUGAAAGGCAGCAGAAGCACUGCAUGGUGAUGCAGAUGAGUCCCACCAUGAUUGCUGGCAUCGCCUCAUCCAUAUUGCUGUUUAUAGCCAUUGUUGCCACUGUGCUCUGCUGCUUCAUGUGCUCCUGUUGUUACCUGUACCAGCGGCGGCAGCAAAGGAGAACACCCUAUGAAGGACCAGGUCAGAACAUCCAGAUGUCCGGCUAUCCCGUAGACCCAUCAUACGCACCUCAAGGCAAAGUACCAGACUACCAGUACCCAGGAUAUCCAGCAGGACAGUACUAUCAACCUCCCAUGGCUCAGCCAUACCCACCUGUAAUGCCCCCACAUUAUCCUGCUGCAGGGCCUCCAUUUUUUCAACCACCAAUGGACCCAGCAUAUGCCCAAGCUCCACCUCCCUAUGGACAAGUGCAUAGUGGCCCACCGUAAGAGACUGCACGGCUUCCUGGGUACUCUCCUGAUGCUGGGUUGCUAAUGGGAUGCUACGUUUCCCAGAUGGACCGGGGAUUUUCUGUUACUCUCUUAUUAUUGCUUUAUUGAAUUUCUUUCUCUUAAACUAUCACACUAAACCUAUUUUCCUUUUCUUUCUUCAACAACUGCAUGAAGUCCAUUGUGACCGUUUGCCGUUGCAUGCACUGUGCCCACAAUGCCUAUCAAGUUUGAUUAUUACAAGGAGGGGACUUGAAAGGGGGAGUGCGUUCAUAUUAUAAAACAUGUGAAACACUGGGGGGUCAUUUGCUAGUCUUUGUUUUACUUGGAGAGCGAUGCAGGGGAAUGUAUUUUAGCUAAUGGCCCUUUUGUCCCACCUUUUCUAUCACACUACCACGGCUUCACCACCUGUUUUCUGUUGUAUUUUGUACCACCAUUGCUUUUAAGGACGCUCUUGAUUGAAGUUCUGUUGAGAAACCAGUGUAGCCUGGUUUCAAAAACAGUCGGACUGGAAAUGAAAUGACAUUAUGCACCCCAAACCACACAAACUUCUGGCUCACUAUGCAAACUAAACUUGUCAUUUUAACUUGAUUUUUUGAAGUAACUUUUCCAGUUGUGUUGUGCAGUGUAUAUACUGUGAAUUGAUUUGAGUGUUCAGCUAUUUAAAUUAAGGUCACUUCGCUAGUAGUUAGUCAUUGCUUCUGUAAUUUGAUUGGCUAAGAGUCCUUCUUUUCCCAUUUUUUUUUUUUAACAAAUGGCACCAAAGAAUAUUAGGGUUCUUCAAACCAUGCAGACCAUUCAUAAUAUAAUAAUUCAUAUGCAUCAUGAUAAAUAAAUUUAUUUUUUGCUUACAACGUUGCUAGAAACCAUGUACUUGAAUAACUGGGCUCAGAAACUGAAUCAUUGAAUUUAUAUUGUUAUUAUGUGCAGUACUUGAACAGAUUAAUUUAUUACUAUUAUUGAUUUUUAAGCUCGGGCUUUGCCGUCCUUUCACCAGCACCUGAUAAGCUGUACUUUGGUAAUUUUCCUUGAAUCAUGUAUUUGAGACGUUUGUCACAGCUGAGUGUAUAAUUCUCAGAAAUCAAGUAGCACUUGCAGAUCACCACAUAACAAGUGUUUAAAAGUAGUUUACAUUUUGGGGGCAACGUGAGGGGCUCAGAGCGGCUGCUUUAUGGAUUCAAACUCAGGGGUUUUGAAUCCAAAACCCAGUUGUCGUCUAUCUGUGGAGUUUGCAACUUCUCCCUAAGUCUUUGUAGAUUUCUCUUGGUUACUCCAUUUUGACUCCCACAUCCCAAAGACGUACGUUUUGGGUAAUUUGGAGAAUCGAGAUGAGCAUGAGUGAGUGGGCCUUGCGAUAAGAUGGCACCCCUUUCAGGACUGGUGGUUUCCUUGCACACAUUGCUGCCAUGAUAGCCUCCAGCAAAUGUCAGUUAAAUGGAAUUAAGUAUAUUAUGUUGUACCA